CUGACUUUUGCACAAGCAGGAAGGGGAAGUCGCAGACUAGUCAUGUCAAACAGUUAAUAUAUUUUUGUGCGUUUCUUUUAUUUAAUAGACGAAGGCUUCAAACUUUUAAAAAAUGUUCGUCGGGGACGAUGAGGACGGAGACUUCUUGUCUCCCACAGGAGGGGCCAAGCUGGCUUCCCUGUUUGGAUUAGACCAGGAAACCAGUCAGGGGAACGAGUCGUUCCAGUACACAGCCCCCAAACAGCCUAGAAAGAGCUCCAACCAAGCUCCAUCCAAUCAGAAGCCAGCUCCACAACCCGGAGCUCCAGCAGUAUUAUUUGUAACAGCAGUCCAAGCCUUCAAAUAUAUUAAUGGACAGUACAUGAAGCAGGGAAAGCUGGGAGCUGCUGUGCUGGGCAACCAUACAACAAAAGAGUACAAGCUGCUUCUGUAUUUAAGCCAACAGAAACAAGUAACCUCUGCUAAGAUUCAUGUGGGCUUUGCUUUCACGGUACAGCAAAACAAUUAUUGCACUUUUUAUGAUGACCAGAGGCAGAACUGGUCCCUUAUGUUUGAGUCAGAGAAGUCAGCUUCAGACUUCUGCAAAGAGGUAUGUUUAGCAAAAGUGAACAGCGCUGUGACUGUAGAUGUGGUGGUACUGCAGGAUCUCAGUCUGGGUGAGGGCCAGUCAGUGGAGAAUGGAGACUCUGUGGAGGUGGUGUACACGGGCUGGCUUUUGGAGAACCACACUUGUGGACAGAUGUUUGACUCCAACCAAAACAAAGACAAGCUGCUGCGACUGAAGAUUGGAGCUGGGAAAGUGAUCCGAGGCUGGGAGGAAGGGAUGCUGGGGAUGAAGAAGGCAGGCCGUCGUCUCAUUGUCAUCCCACCCGAUUUAGCUUACGGAUCUAAGGGUGUCCCUAACCGUGUCCCGGCUAACAGCACUCUUAUCUUUGAAGCAGAGCUUCGACGGGUCAAAUUCUCAAAGGACAGUGGGUCUGAUCGGGCGAGUGCUGGCUCCAGAGACUCUGCUGCUCCUUCCCCAGCCCUCAGUAUUGAAAAUCUGGUCCCAGAGCCCUCAGCACAGGCCCCCUCUUCAGGUUCAGGAAGACCAGGGGAGCCACCACUUCGUACAAAGUCAAACUCUCUGAGUGAGCAGCUGGCUAAUCCAGAUGCUACUAAAGCCAAACUGAUUUCUCGGAUGGCAAAAAUGGGCCAGCCCAUGCUGCCGUUUCUGACAGGAGCGGCCAGCCAGCCUGAAUCCAGCGACUCUGAGCUUGAGGACACCAGUGGCAGCAGAGCAAAGGAUCAUCCCGUAGUUUCAUCUCCGGUGCCGAUCACCGCUGCUCCUGCAGCUCCUGCAGCUGCUGCACACGUACAUCCUCAUCCUCAUGCUCCUUCCACCUCCGCCUUACUUCCUGUUAUGAGCACUGUGACAGCACAGCCUGGACUGCCAACCAGCAGCCACGCGUUCCAGACUCCUCUAGCUCCAUCUCCACUGCAGCCUGUGGGCCAGGUCUACCCUGCACCAGCUGUCCCAUACAUGGGCUCUGGGGAUGUGACUUCCUUCUUGAUGACUGAGGCCAGACAGCAUAACACCGAGAUUCGCUUAGCUGUUGGAAAAGUAGGCGAUAAAGUGGAUCAGCUGGCUUCAAAGAUCGAUGAUCUUCAAAGGCAGGGGGGCCUUUCCACGGGUUUGUCGUCUGUGUCGAUGGAAACCUCCAUGAUCUUACACAAUAUCCAAAGAAUUGUUCAGGAAAAUGAGUGUUUAAAAAAGGAAGUGUUUGAGAAAAGUUCUCGCAUUGAGGAGCAAAACCGUAAGAUCGGAGAUCUCAUCAACCAGAACCAGAGGUACAUGGAGCAGAGUCACCUGAUGCUGGAACAGAGGAAUGACUCCCUCAAGUCGUCCAGUGAACAGAACCAGGCGAGACUGCUGCAGGCUGAGCAGGACAAACAUCCUCUGCCUCUGGACCUGGGCUCUGGCCAGGUUCGUCUAACAGAGGACCUGGCUUCAGCGGCAGCGCGGGUGUCUCAGCUGCAGCUGGAAGCUUCAGCUCACCAGCAGAAGGCCGCGGAGCUGCAGGGUAAACUGAGCACAGCGCUGCAGGACGGAGAGAGCCGCUGCCAGCGCGUCGCUGCCCUGGAAGCACAGCUGGAAGAGCUGAAGGAGGAGGCAGAGAGGGUUCAGACUCAGCACCGCUCAGAGAAACAAAGACGCAAAGAGACGGAGCUGAAAGUGAACACCAUGGAAGAGGAGCUGCAGGACCUGAAGACUGACAAGGAGAGCCUAGAACGAGCACUUUCAGAAAGAAAGAAGAAAUGGCAGGUGGAGCGUCAGCGUCGGGACGAGGAGGUGGAGGAGCUCCGCAAGAGCAGCCAGCAGGAGCUGGACAACCUCCGAGCUCAACUUCGCAAGGCCAGGACCAGCAGUGACAACGCUGCAUCAGAACAGCUGUCUCAGCUGCAGGCGGAGCUUGAGCAGGAAUGGAAGGGCAAAUGUUCCCAGAUGUUGGCUUCAGCUAAAGAGCAGCACAGCAGAGAGGUGGCUGAACUGGCAGAGCAGCGAGAGGCUCUGCAGGACAAGUUAACCCAGCUGCAGGAAAAGUUUUCAGCUCUGAAGCAACUGAGAGACUCAGAAGAACAAAGUCUGCUGCAGCAACACAAGCAUUAUGAGGAGUUGCACGCUCUUCAGGAAAAAUACACAGCCUUGGAGCAGCAGGGAGCGACUGUAAGACAGAAGCUGCAAAGACGAGUGGCAGAACUGGAGAGCAAACUGGAAGAGCAGGAGGAUUCUGGAGACACUGCAGCAGAGGUGAAGCGUGUGAUGAACGGAGUGUUCCACUCACUGCGAGGGGAGUUUGAUCUCACUGAAUCCUACACCGGCCAGGCUGUGCUGGGGGUCAUUGUCUCUACCAUUAAGAAUGUAACUCUGCAGCUCCUUAGUGCCAAAGGCGGGGCUGCAACAAGACCAAUUACAAAAGAGGAGGAAACGGCGGAGGAAGAGGAGAAAGAAGAGGUUGAAAAUGUGAAACAACAGGAAGAAGAACCUCACCAGAAUGUGCACAUAAAUGGAGAGACAGAGGUCAGAAAGGAGGAGGAGGAGGAACAUGUGGCUGAUUCAGAUUCUCAUCAAGUCAGGGAGACUCGUGAGGAUCAGGAAGAAGCAGCUGAGGAGACGGUGUGCGAGUCAAACACAACAACUCAGGCAGAACAUUCAGAAAGCACAGAUAUCCAUCAUAUCCAUCCAGUUUCAACGACUGAACUCGAAUCGGAAGAGCUGACAAUAACGGCAGCAGCAGAGUGCGAGGUACAGGAGGAGGAGGGGCAGCGACCUGCUCCUGAAAGCUCUGCAGAAGAUAAAGACACCAGCAAGUCUUUGGAUCCAGAUGAGCGUUCACCUGACGAUGGGCAAGGUGCUGUGUCGGAAACAACCGCUGCAGUGACCAGCGAGGCAUGCGUGGACAGCGUGGAGGAUGAUGGAGAGGAUGUAGGAGAAAAAAAUGCUGCUUCUCAUAAAGCCUUUGGACCCCCAUCCAACCCGCCUCCCCCACCGAGUGCACUUCAGGACACCUCGGGAGAGAACAGUCUGACUGGGAGAAUUGAUGAGGAAAAUGGAGAGGAGCCAUUUUUCCAGAACACAACUCCUGCCAAUCCCCCUGCAGCACCCAGCGAGGAGGAAGAGGAAGAGGAGAUGAGCCUAAAGGGGCGUCCACCACCUGCUCCUCUGUUUGGUGAUGAUGAGGAUGAUGAUGAUCUGGACUGGAUGAACUGACAUGGAACCAGAACACUAUUAGUCUGCGUCUUUUAAUUUUCAAAGCUACAAACGCUGCACGGUGUACCAGCUGUGUCUCCACGGUCGAGCCGUGAAGGUGAAAGAGAUGAACGGACUGAACAGAGGACGGUCAGUGUAGCUCUGCAGCUCCGUGUGAUCCUGGUCAGUGAUCGGCUGCUGCAGACAAAGCAAAGCUUCAGCCUUGAAAGCCUGUAAUUAGAGGAACCUAAUGAAAUACCUCUCUGUACUUGUUUAAUAACAGUUGAUGAUGCAAUCAGUUCAGUCGCAGAUUUUAACAUUGUGUAGCAGAUUCACUUGCAGGAAUAAAUGAUUUCAGACUGUACUCGCUACGUUUUUAAUCACAGUUUUAAAAACUGAACUUUUACAUACUUUUGUUAAGCUGAUAUUAAUUUCAAAGAAUAAAUGAUCAGAGACACGUG